GCAUUACUCUCUGCAGGAAGGCGCUCUGCACGAUCUCAGGAAUACUUUUUUUUUUUUUAAGGAAACCACCGCCUCCGGCCAGACCUCUCUGCAGCGACCAGCAGAGGGCGAAGAGCGCAGGGAGCGCGCGUCUCCUCUCGUCCGGCUCCGGAGGGAGGGAUGGAUGGAGGUCGGACGGAAGAGGCUGAUCUUCUUGCCAAGCGGCAGAGUUAACAUCCGGGGGUGCCUCUGAAGCCUGGGGGGCGGGGGCGCGGAGAGGUACCCACCCACUCACCCAGCACCCCAGAUGUGCGCCGGGAUCGGCGGAGGAGCCUCCUGCGCGCUUGGAGCAAAGAGGCAGCUGCAACCGCAGCCACCGCCUGGACGGGAGAUUCGCCUUUGCCCGACCGCAGCUCAAGCCCUGCAGCAGCUUUGCAAGGAGAGAAGCGCCUGAUCCGGAUCAUCGCCGCCCCUAAGAAUCAACACGGCGCCCGGAGAAAACAGGAUACCACGCGCGCGCACCUCCAAGCAUCUCCAAAAUAGCUGCAGCAUCUCACCUCUGCUGAGUCAAAACGUCCAGGGAAGGAGAGGAACUGGAGGAAUGGAUGGCACACAGCUGAGUCAGGUUGUUGAGGCUCUGGGAGACAGCAAGGAAGACAUUGAGCUUCCCAAAACCAAACCAUUUCUGGUGGAGCCGAAACAGGGAGCCGGUGCUCAUUUGGAGGAAAAGUUCGCCCUUCAAGACGAGCUCCUUGGAUGCAAAGGUCAAGGGUUGACAACUGAGAAGGAGAAUGGCGACAAAACAUCUCGCGGUGCAGACAGUUCUGAACAAUUAGAUAUACCUGGGAGAUUGUUAGGAAAAGCCAAAAACAAAAUUUCCCCGGCUCCUCGGCAGGAUGUGACUUUGGAAAACGAGCAAAAGCAAAAGAUGACACCUCCAGGAAGAGGCCAAAACAAGUUGGUCCUUCGUGCAGCGGGCAACAAAGUCGGUGCCACCAAGCGACAACUGAUGUGCAGCAAGUGUGGGAAAAACUUCAGCAACAGCUCGAACCUUAUCGCUCAUGAGAGAAUCCACACUGGCGAGAAGCCCCACAAGUGCCUGAGCUGUGGGAAGAGCUUUGGAAAGAAAUCGACCCUCGUUGCUCACGAGAGAAUCCACACCGAGGAGAAACCGUACAAGUGUUUGGUGUGCGGAAGAAGCUUCAGCCAGACCUCGAGCCUCAUCGCCCAUGAAAGGAUCCACACCGAGGAGAAGCCCUACGAGUGCUCAGAGUGCCGGAGGAGCUUCAGUUUAAAGUCGAGCCUGGUCGCCCACGAGAGGAUCCACACAGGCGAGAAGCCUUACAAGUGCUCCGACUGUGGGAAAAGCUUCAGCCAGAAGUCCGCCCUCAUCCCACACGUGAGGACCCACAAAGGAGAAAAGCCCUACACCUGCUCGGUCUGUGGGAAAAGCUUCAGCCAGAGCUCAAACCUUAUCGCACACGAGAGAAUCCACACGGGGGAGAAACCUUACCAGUGCGCGAACUGCGGGAGAAGUUUCAACUGCAGCUCGAGCCUUAUCAGGCACCAGAGGAUCCACACGGAGGACAAGCCGUACGACUGCUCGGACUGCGGGAAAAGCUUCGGCUGCAGCUCGAGUCUCAGCCGACACCAAAGGACUCACACGGGAGAGAAACCCUACGAAUGCUCGGAUUGCGGCAAAACGUUUAGCGUGAGCUCCCAGCUCAGUGUGCACCAGAGGACGCACACUGGAGAGAAGCCCUACGAGUGCUCGGCUUGCGGGAAAAGUUUCAGCGUGCGAUCGAGCCUGAACGCCCACGAGAAAAUCCACACGGGGAAGAAGCCUUACAAGUGUGCAGACUGCCCCAAAAGCGUCUACUUGAAAUCCAGCCUCAACGCGCACAAGAAACUUCACCGAGGGGAGAAGCCAUACGACUGCGCCGAGUGCGGGAAGAGCUUUUCCUGCAGCUCGAGCUUCCUCCGACAUCAAAGAAUCCACACCGGAGAGAAGCCGUACAACUGUGCCGACUGCGGGAAGAGCUUCACUCUGAACUCGAACCUUAUCACUCACCAGAGAACCCACACAGGGGAGAAGCCAUACCAGUGCCGGGACUGCGGCAAGUUUUUCAGCGUGAGUUCGCAGCUGAACGUUCACCAGCGGACCCACACGGGCGAAAAGCCUUAUGAAUGCUCGGAUUGCAGCAAGUGUUUCACGUGUAGCUCAGCCCUGAUUAGGCAUCAAAGGACCCACACGGGAGAGAAACCCUACCAGUGCUCCGAGUGCGGGAAAAGCUUCAACAACAGGGCAAGUCUGGUUAGACACCAGAGAAUCCACAGCGGGGAGAAGUCACACACUUGCACAGACUGCGGGAAAAGCUUCAACAAGAGGUCCAACCUUAUUACUCAUCAGAGAAUCCACACGGGAGAGAAGCCCUACAGGUGUGUGGAGUGUGGGAAAAGCUUCAGCCUGAGCUCCAGCCUCGUCCGACACCAGAGGAUCCACACUGGGGAGAAGCCCUACCAGUGCUCUGUGUGCGAGAGAAGCUUCAACCAGAAGCCCUCCCUGGUGGUGCACGAGAGGACCCACCGCCGCGAGAAGCCCUACAAGUGCUCGGCGUGCGAGAGGAGCUACAGCCACACGACGAGCCUCAUCGCUCACGAGAAAAUCCACCGGGAGGAGAAGCCGUACUGGUGCGCGGAGUGCGGGAAAAGGUUCAGCUUCAGCUCUCAGCUCAUCACCCACCAGAGGAUCCACUCGGAAGAGAAGCCCUACAAGUGCUCCGUCUGCGAGAGAGGGUUCAGCCGGCCCUCCAACCUCGUCGUGCACGAGAGGGUCCACACGGGAGAAAAACCCUACAAAUGCACGGCCUGCGAAAAGGGCUUCCCCUCCAACUCGAGUCUGGUGAGGCACCAGCUCUCCCACGUGGAAGAGAAGCUGUGUGCGGAAUGCGGGAAAAGCUUCAGCCCAACUUCCCGAUGCCAGAGGAUCCAGGCUGGGGAGGAAAUGGCUAAGUGCCCGGGAUGUGAGAACCGGUUCGACUUGAGUCCGAGUGGUUUUCCAGGGGUAAAGCUUCCCAAAUGGGGAAAACCUGUUGGCAGACGAAACAGCAGUCGGCGUGAUGACAUUCGUAUCGUAGAUUCUGCAGAGGUGCAGCUGGAGGACGAUGUUUUCAGCCAAAGCUCCCUGCCUCAGCAUUAUCACAUUCACUAUGCGGGAUGGGAAUGAAAUUAAGAGGUUUUUUUGUGUGUGCUUGCUGUCUGGAGCUAAUGUAGCCCAAAACAUCUGCCAGGACGCCAGGUUGAUGAAGUUCUGUGAUUGCAGGGGAACAAGCAAUGUCUCUUUGGUCUUACUGUAAAUAUAUUUAAGUACUACACUUGGGCAAAAAAAAUGGAAGGCACAAAUACAGGAUGGGUGACACCUGGCUUGAGAGCAGUACAUGUGAAAAGGA